AUGGCUUGGUGGAACAGCUCUACACCCGGCUGGGUCGAAAAUCUCGUACCGACCUACACACAAGAAAUCUACAAAUUCCGACUCGAACUCGAAGGCGAGGUUCAAAUUUUAGUCCACCACCCAGGCCAUCAGCAUAUAGUAAGCCAGAGACUUACCAUGACCGCUAGAUCCCUGCUCAAGAUCAAGACACUGGCGUCUGAUAUCUCGGUGUAUUUCCCGGAUCAUCCAUUCGUCACGCGCAAACGCCUUGGUUUCUUCCAGACUACUUUCCCCCGACUUUGCGAUUUUAUCGAGCGGACUUUGAUUGAGUUGAGUAGAACCCUGAUUCAUGAUCCGAAGAGUGAGAUUUCUAUUGCUUGGCAGAUUCAGGAUAUACUGGAUUCUGUAUAG